AUGAAGUUCCUCGCCACCCUCCUUACCCUCGCCGCCUCGGCCUCGGCCAUCGACCUCUACCUCCACACCGACAACAACUGCGGCGGCUCCAACGCCCUCUGCUGCAACGGCAUCAACCCCAACACCUGCUGCGGCACCACCGCCAACGGAAGCCCCUACCAGUCCGUCGCCGUCCGCGGCAUCCAGCAGGGCUGGAACAUCCAGUGCCGCGGCUACGACAACGGCCAGUGCAACCGCCUCCAGACUAUCUCGGGCAACAACGGGGGCAACUUCAUCUGCAACCGGUCCAACGGCUUCCGGUACUCCGGCGUCGGGUAUAACUUCAUCGGCCGGAAGCGGGCGAUUGAUUCUACCCUCAAGCCUGAGUGUUCGAAGAAACGCUUAGAUAACUUCUGUCUGCCCGAAUAA